AUUCCUCAUCUUCACAACAACCAACAACUCCUAAACCUCCACUAUUUCAACUUUCCAAACACCCACCUCAAACAACAUGUCUUCCGACGCUCACACCGGCGGUAACCUCUCCGACAUGGCCGUCAAGGGCACCACCGUCCCCGGCGACGCUGGCAAGAUGAACACCAUCCCUUCGGUUGCGCGCGCCGACCAGACCUCCGAGAACUCGUCGCACAACCCGCUCGGCGCGGCCGACGUCCACUCCGCCGCUGAUAACGCGACCGCACUUGGCUUGGACCACGGCGCUACUGGCGGCGUCGUCUCUGGCACUGGCGACCAGCUCCCUGCGUCUGUUGAGAGCAAGCGCAUGAACCCCAAAUAAGGACUUCGACCGUACUGGGAAAUACCGGAUCGAGCAUGUGACAUGAAGCUGUCACAGGGUACGGCGCUGGUGCCUUCCCGUGCUUGAUGAAGAGGAAUGUCAGGCUGUUAGGGAUUGGAAAGUCCUUUGACAGGCCUGCUGGUUGGGACUUGUUACGAUUUUUUAUGUACGUCACGACAUUAAAAGCCCGCGCUUAAGCUGCGGAGGCUACUUGAAUCUAUAAUUCACGAAC